AUGUCCGCGGCUGAAUCACUAGAAGGGUCUCAAGCGGCGCCUCCUCCACUCGAGAAAUUGGAGAACACCGCGGAGGUCGCUCAAGUUGAAAAUGGCGCAGUCGGAGGCUCCAAGGAGUUGUUGAGGAAGAACAGUGGGCUGCCUCCUAUCGAGAUCGACGCUCCUAUUUCUGGAGAGUUAUAUCGUCGGGUAUUCUAUCGAAGAUCGAAUCAAAGUUACGGCAAUAGGAGACCACCCGAACGAACUCUCUAUGGAGAGAAGGUUGAAAACCCUUCAGCCAAGUAUGGUCUUUCGAACAAGUUCACAGAUCAUUUAGCUGCAGCUAAAAUGUACAGGAAUAGGAGCUUGAAGACCGCAGUGGAUCGUGAAAGGUUCAUGGAAGGUACACGUGAUUGGAUGAUGAAGUUGUGA